CGAAUCCGGCAGAAAUUUACGAUUUUUCAGGGGAUAAAUGUAGAAACUUACGCACUAGUGAAUUUGGAAGGUUUCUAGUUGUCACUUUUGUUGCAGAUAGAAGACUACACAUUGUUCAAGAAUUCUGAAGACAUUAGUGCCUGUGAAAGCUUGAAAGGCGAACAAAAAGCAGCUCGAAAUCGAAGACGCGACUCCAGCUUUUAUUCAAAGCUUUCAAGUUCUUCACUUUGGGUCAUGAGGGGAUUGGUUCAUACACGUCUUCUCGAGACACGUACUCUGAGAAAUGCUCUUCCCUUGUCUGAACGAGCCUUUUAUAGUCUCAGUAAAGAGAAAGUCUCUUAUAGAGAGAGGCUGAGAAGUGGGACUGUCGAUAUCAAGAAAGAUGAAGCUGUUGAUCUCUUCCAGUCCAUGGUUCGGUCUCGUCCUCUUCCCAAUGUCAUAGAUUUCAAUAAUUUGUUUAGUGGAAUUGCCAAAACGAAACAGUAUGACCUUGUGUUAGCUCUCUCCAAGCAGAUGGAAUUGAAUGGGAUUACACAUGACAUCUACACUUUCAAUAUUAUGAUCAAUUGCUUCUGUCGAAGUGGUAAAAUCUCUGCUGCUUUUUCUGUUCUUGCGAAAGUUAUAAAACUUGGGUAUAAGCCUGACACAACCACAUUUAACACACUCCUCAAUGGAUUAUGCCUCGUGGGUAGAGUCUCUGAAGCUGUGGAAUUAGUUGAUCGAAUGGUAGAGACGGAACAUAUGCCCAAUCUCAUUACGCUUAGCACUCUUGUCAAUGGACUUUGUCUCAAAGGUAGUGUGUCUGAAGCGGUUGAGUUAAUCGAUCGAAUGGUGGAAAAUGGGUGCCAACCUGAUGCAUUUACCUACGGACCGAUUUUAAACAGAAUCUGCAAGUCCGGGAAGACUGCUUUGGCCAUGGAUUUGCUGAAAAAGAUGGAAGGAAGAAAGAUCAACCUCGGUGUAGUCCAUUACAAUAUCGUCAUUGAUAGUCUUUGCAAAGAUGGGAGCUUCGACAAUGCACUCAACCUUUUCAAUGAAAUGGAAACGAAAGGGAUCAAGGCAGAUGUUAUCACCUACACCUCUCUCAUAGGAGGACUUUGUAAAGCCGAUAGAUGGGAUGAUGGUGCACAGUUGUUGAGGGAUAUGAUCACUAGGAAAAUAACCCCCGACGUUUUCACUUUCAAUGCGCUGAUUGAUAGUUUUGUGAAAGAAGGAAAACUUGUAGAAGCUAAUGAAUUGUAUAAGGAGAUGGAUCAACGAGGUAUAUCUCCUGAUACCAUUACUUAUACUUCUUUGAUAAAUGGGUUUUGCAUGAAGAACCGCCUAGAUGAGGCCAACCAGAUGCUGGAUCUGAUGGUUAGCAAGGGAUGCGAUCCUAAUGUCGUGACUUAUAAUUCCCUUAUAAAUGCAUACUGUAAGGCCAACCGAGUUGACGAUGGUUUGGAACUCUUUCGCAAAAUGUCUCUGAGAGGAGUGGUUGCGGACACAGUCACUUAUAAUACUCUCAUCAAGGGGUUUUCUCAAUCGGGAAAAAUUAAUGUUGCCAAAGAACUCUUCCAAGAGAUGGUUUCUCGUGGUGUGCCACCCAGUAUUCUGACUUAUGGUAUUUUGUUGGAUGGUUUGUGUAACAAUGGAGAAGUGGAAAAGGCAUUGGAAAUACUUGGAAAAAUGCAGAAGAGUAAAAUGGAUCUUGGUAUUGCUAUCUACAAUAUCAUCCUUCACGGGAUGUGCAAUGCAAGUAAGGUCGAUGAUGCAUGGGAUUUAUUCUGUAACCUCCCUAUCAAAGGAUUGAAGCCUGAUGUCAGAACAUAUACUAUAAUGAUUGGAGGACUAUGUAAGAAAGGCUCAGUGUCCGAAGCGGAUCUGUUGUUUAAAAAAAUGAAAGAGGAUGAAUAUGCGCCAGAUGGUUGUACGUACAACAUACUAAUCCGAGCACAUCUUGAAGAUGGUGAUGCAACCAUAUCAGCUAAUCUUAUUGAAGAAAUGAAGGGUUGUGGGUUCUGUGCUGAUGCUUCCACCACAAAGAUGGUUAUCGAUAAGUUAUCGGAUGGUAGAUUGGACAAAAGCUUCUUGGCUCUGCUUUCUUGAAUGCAUGGUCUAGUCUACGAGAAAGUCUUGGUUAGUGUUAUUGAGGUUAGCAUUUGGGCUGCUUAGUUGAAACCAACUUUGUUUGUUCACAUCUAUACUCUGAGCAUGUCGUCUUCUCCUUUAUAUAUAUCCCUUCCUUCCUUCCUGUUUUCGUUUCUGAUUGAACUUGAGAUGUAUUGACGAGUUCUGAAACUUG